AUGCACGCAGCUGCCGGUGGACAGAACCGCGGUGAGGACUGCGGAGGCCAUGACGGCCACCCCGCCAACGAUGAGGCCGCCUCCGUGCACUCACCGCUGUUCGCUAACGUCUGCCGCGCACUACAGCAUAUUGUGACGGAGCUUCAGCCGCAGCACCGGCAGCACCAGGUGGGGUCGUCGAGUACUGCGGGUGAGGACGGCCGAGCCUCUGCCGAUGACAGCACCCCCGCACAUCUUGCGUUUCCUGUACCGCGCGCCUCGGCCUCUUGCACUGAUGUGGCGUGCUCGACCUCGCCGGACACGGCGGAGCAGCAGUGUGAGAGGCGUCGCCUACUUUUCCUGGCAGAGUGGGCGCAGCGAGUGGCAGCAGCGUAUGCGCCGAUCAUGCCGUCUGCUGCGCAGGAGGCCGCUGCAUUGUUGCUGGCGGUGCACCCCGUCUCGCACGACGCCGUCACGCAGGACGCGGCCGCUGCGGUGGCGGACGCCGCGCUGGAGACCAAUGCUGCCGCGUCCAUCUCAGGAACCAAAGCAGACCUGCCGCCGGUGCGCUGCGCGAGCGUGCCAGUGGAACGGCGACUGAUCUACCCGGACGGAUACGUCAACACACAUGCGGACAGGGCAGCGUCCGUCUCGGUUACGACCCAUAGCGACCUGCUUUUGCUCCCGCACACGAUCAUGACAGCAGCUGCCGCAGUGUCGCACUUGUCCUCUCCCCCGCCGCCGAUCACACCGCGCGAUCGCGCACCGCUGUGCCGUGUAGUUGGUGAGCCCUUCGACGUGCCCGCCACCCGGGCAGAGCAGCGUGCCGUCCUCGCUGCGCAGGGUGGUUGCUGCGCUCGAUGCGGCGUCGUCUUGCCGCAGCCGCAGCUCCGCUUCCCUGAGUGGUGCUCUGCGCGCACUCGGAGCAUCUGCACAAGACUGACCAGCUCGUGCUGCUACUUGCAGUGCAGCUGUUGUGGCGGGGGUCAGACGACCACAAUGUCGCUGCGUCGAGGCAGAUUCUGGCGCGCGUGCAUGUGCUUGUCGAGAUGCAGCUCUUCGGCCGAAGACGAGGAGGACGGGAGGUCGACUGCCGUGACUGCAGUCCACGUGACACCAGAAACCACCGGCGGCGCUGGUGGUGGCCGUGGAGGUGUACGGCACAACGCAAGGGCUCCGCUGGACGCACCGGAGAGCGAAGACUUCGGUGGCACCGCAAGCGAGUGCGACGGGCUGCUAGGUGGAGGCACGCGGUCGAACAGGCACAGCCGCACGCGGGCCGGUUGUGAUCACCACCGCAGCGACAGGACCGGUGACGGCGGCGGCGGCACGCCUGCUGAUGCAUCCUUCCUCUUCUGUACGUAUGAGGGCCACUACUUGUGCUUGCGCUGCUUCCAUACCCCGCUUACGGCGGCCGGCCUCGGCGCAGCGAUGUCGACAGCAUCCGCAGCGGCAGCAAGCGCCGUCGGUGGCACCUGCAUCCCGGAAGACUACCAGACGCGCUACGUAGCGCCGGAGGAAUGGCAGGCACACGCCUCUUCGACAGCGUCUUUGUCUUCGCCCCCCGCGUGGUUUCAGCCGCGCCGGCGCGGCAACGGUGGUGGCGAAGGCGUUGACGGGUCGUCCGCGCGCGCAGCUCUUGCGAGAGCUUCGGACCAGCUGCAUGAGUGGUGGCUGGCACGCCACGUGGCCCACCCCACGCCCGCCGCUGGCACCCUCACUCUCAGGGGGAGUAGAGCCGCCAGUGGGCUAGAUCAUCCACCACAGCAACACACCGCGUCACCUCUGCAUCUGUGCAUCCUCCCUGCCCAUGCGCUGCAUCGAUGGGACUUCACACGCUUUCCUGUGUCUGCCGUGGCGGCCGCCGUGCUGCAGCGGCGAUGCUACCCCGGCAGCGCUCACGGCCGAGAGAGCUGCCUCUCCCCGGGGGCCUCCGGCCAAGAGCGUGGUAGGCAGCGCACCACCGUUGGUGGUGGUGGUGGUGGCGGUGUUAGGGGCAAAAUGAGCGGUGACGACUCGCCGAUUUUGCUUCCUGGAGAGGAGCAGGGUGCGCGAGGGCAUCAUAACGCUCUAGCGAUUCCUCCUCCGCCGGCCCUGGAGCACGUCCCUUACCUUAGCGGAGAAGCUGGUGCGGCAGCCCCGGCGAUGGGGCAGCUUCCUGAGCUCUACGACGUGUCCGUCAUCAACCCCUCCCUGUACGUGCGCGUCCCGGCGCUCGCCUCCGCAUUGCGGCUACGACAGCGGAUGAGUCUCCUGCACGCGCAGGCUUGGUGGUGCCCACAGUACAGGCACGAAGUCUGGGGGCUGCGGAGUGGAGACGAGCUGGUCGGUCAGGCGCUGGAAGGGGCGACAGCACUUUCUGUGGCGCAGCAGCCACCAGGGCCUUCCUCCACGGUAAAGCAUGCCCUGAAAUCCUCUCCAACUCCGGCAGCAGUGGUGGAAAGUGCGGUGGACAGCGCUGAAUUCUAUCUGCUGACUCAAGAUGUAGCUCCUCCUCCCAACUCCUCAUGGGCGGUGUCGUCAGCAUCACGCUUGCACAGCGUGGCAACUCCGCAGACAGCGUCCCUCUCUGCUCUGUCCAGCCAAGCCCACAGCAACCUCUCUGGCCGAGUCGAUGGAACCUCCUCGCCUCACCGGCACCUGUCCGCAGUGGGCGUGGCGGCAGUGCCACUGACGCUGCCGACAGGUGCGCGCUUCCACGCGCGCCGUCGCUAUCUUGUGGAACGAGCUGAAGGCUGGUCUCUCCAAGACCUUCACCGACUGACAACGCCGUCGUCGUCGACCUCCGCUACUGUAGCCACCGCCUCGUCACCGCCGCUGCUGCUCACAGAACUGCAGAGCAUGUUUGAUAUUAUGCAAGCGCACCUCAAUAACUGCAGUGUCUGUGCAGCGCAGUGCCGCGGGUUGAUGGUGAAGGCACCCCUCGGACUACCGGUGUGUCGUGAUUGA